AUGGGCGUGGCGAAAUCCCUGGGCCAAGAUACCCUAUAUGCGAUGCAGGCAGCAAAUUGUAUUCGGUUGAGAUCGAAAACCGAGGCGCUAAUGCAGGCUCUUGGAAAAGUUAUCAGUUUUAAAAUUGAGAAGACGGACGUUAUUGAGGGAGAGGUGGUGGAGAUACGAAUUGAGAGGGAGAGGUUAUUGAGUGAUGGCUGGGCGGCUUCAAGGACAGGAAAGCUGACGCUAAAGACAACAGAAAUGGAGAUGGCAUGUGACUUAGGGGCGACAAUUAUUGAGACCUUGGAGAAGGAAAAGGUGCAAGUGAGAACAGUAUUGCAAUCCAUAAGGCCUCAGGGAAGAUCACAUAGCUCGAGAGGUCAUUCUCGAGGUCUAUGGAUUAUGAUGCCAUGGGCCAUGGGGCCACAGACCAAGUUUGUGCAGUGCCCUGAAGGGGAGCUGCAGAAGAAGAAGAAGGUUGUGCAUUGCAUUACUCUUCAUGAGAUCAAUGUUUUCAGCAACAGAAUACUUUACAAAACACAUUCGGAAUCUGUGGUUAAUAGUUGGAGAGAAGAAGAUGAGAGAGAGGAGAUUGCGGGGGGAGAGGAAAGAGAUGAAGAUUUGAGUCCUAUGAGGUCCCAAUUUCUGCAAUACUCUGUAAGGCUGGUCUCCAUUGCCCUCCUCCGCCGUGGUGCCUGCCCGUACCUCUGCCACCACGGUUGCUACCAGGGUGUUGCGCAUCCUGCUCCGUCUGAAAAAUGGGCACAAGGAAUCACAUAA